AUGUAUUUCAAGAUGGGAGACAACCGAAACGAAUUCGCAUGGAUCGAGGUCAAGAGUUCAGAGCUCGAGAGGUUCAAUGACUUAUUAAACAAAGGAACAUCCAGCAUCUACUCACCAACAACGAAACCAAGGCGGCUGAAAGUUUUAAAAACCACCAAGACAAGGAUAUACUGGUACUUCACGUAUAAACAGUCUUACAAGUACGUUGAUCAUCUGCAAACUUUUGCCAACAGCUUUAACUCCACCUAUCACAGAACGAUCGGUAUGGCUCCAAACAAAGUCACUGAUGAGAAAGAAACCAACAUUUGGCGGAAAAUGUAUUGGCCCAAGGAGGAUGUGAAAACAAAGAAGAAGUGCUUCCGAUUCAAGGUUGGAGAUAAAGUGAGACUCACUCAUCUGAGAAAUGUAUUCAGUCGGGAAUAUGAUGAGAGGUGGACAGGAGAAAUCUUCUCCAUCAUCCAAACCCUAUUACGUGGUGGAAUACCUCUAUAUCGAGUGAAGUACUGCAAUGGUGAUGAAAUCUUGAGAACCUUCUACCAGUCUGAAUUGCAAAAGAUUGAUGUGAAAGAAGACGAUUUCUGGAAAGUCGAGAAGAUUCUAAAGACGAGAGGACGUGGUGCUAACAAAGAACACUAUGUCAAGUGGUUAAACUGGCCCAAGAAAUUUAAUUCUUGGGUGAAGGCAUCUGGGGUCAUAUGCACGAGGGGCGGAUAA